AUGUAUUUCCAGCCCACACCAGACUUUAAUUCCUCAUGGGUAACUCUGCCUGCCCCCUCGCUGGGCACCGGCGCGAGCCCGACCCUCUGCCCCUCCGCAGGGCUGCUGCCAGCUCACGGCAGCGUUUUGGAGCUGGAGCGGAUGAUCAAGUCGGCCACGGGGAAAAGCGCCCUGCUCUCCUACAGCUGGUACGGGUGUUUCUGCGGCAUCGGGGGCAGAGGGACCCCAGUGGACGCCACCGAUCAGUGCUGCCGCGCUCACGACUGCUGCUACAGGAAGCUGAGAGAGGGCAAGUGCAGACCCCUGAUAACCCCCUACCACUUCGACAUUGCUGAUGGAGACAUUGUUUGCAGUGAUGAGCAGAGCUGGUGCAAGAGAGAGACCUGUCUAUGUGACAAGGCGGUGACUUCGUGCUUCGCGAGCACUUUGCAUUCCUACAAUAAAUCCUACCGCUUCUAUUUCAAGCUGAAAUGCCGAGGAAGUAAGCUCCAGUGCUGAGGAGGGGAAACCUGCACACAAAGUUGCAGAUUUUGACUGGCUUUCCCCAUUGCUGUGGCAAGAAAAGCCUGACAUGGGGGCUGAACAGCCGAAGCCAGCAAGGCUCCCCGCAAGGUGAUGCUCAGGGUGAGGAAGGGUGUCCGCGUUACGGAUGGAGAUCCCCCACUUCCCAUAAAGACACGGCGGCUUCCAUUUUUUAUGUCCCUUCCUCUUCUCUUUUCUCUCUUGAUUUAAUUUCCCACAGAUAAUAAAAGGUUUUCAAAAUGAUUCUCUGUGGUGUUUUUCUGAAAGAGCCACUGAGACACUGCGAUGGUGGCGUCUGGGCUGCUGGGUCCGGCGAGCACUUUUGCAUCGCACAGCUUAGUCACACCAUCUGCCUGAUACCCCAAUAUUUCCAUGGUCCCGUCAGCUGCCUGGAAAAGCUGAAGAUCCAGCAGCAGCUGGAAUUCACAGAUCUAUCACCAAAUCUAUCCCGCUUGGGGCAGUAUUGCUGCUCCGGGUCCCCAGCUAUG